GACACCAGCAGGAGGUACGAAAACAAAGCUGGAAGUUUCAUCACUGGAAUAGAUGUAACCUCUAAGGAAGCUAUUGAGAAGAAAGAACAAAGAGCCAAACGCUUUCAUUUUCGAGCUGAAGUGAAUCUUGCCCAGAGGAAUGUGGCGCUGGAUCGGGACAUGAUGAAGAAAGCAAUUCCUAAAGUGAGACUAGACACGAUUUACAUCUGUGGAGUGGAUGAGAUGAGCACACAGGACAUCUUUGCCUAUUUCAAAGAGUAUCCUCCUGCUCAUAUCGAGUGGUUAGAUGACACAUCAUGUAAUGUGGUUUGGCUUGAUGAAGUAACAGCAACACGAGCUCUAAUAAAUAUGAGUUCCUUGCCUGAUCAGGAGAAAACAAAGAGCAGAGAAAACAAUGAAGAGAAGACAGCUGAAAAAAGCAAGAAAGAAAAACAGGAGUCAAGUUCUGAUGAUGAGACAGAAGAAGGUGAGGUUGAGGAUGACAAUCCAAGUGACGUGGAGUUGGAUGCUCUCUCCCAAGUAGAAGAGGAUUCUCUCCUGCGCAAUGACCUUCGCCCUGCCAAUAAACUGGCUAAAGGAAACAAGCUCUUCAUGAGAUUUGCUACUAAAGAUGACAAAAAGGAACUAGGAGCUGCCAGGAGAAGCCAGUAUUACAUGAAAUAUGGAAAUCCGAAUUAUGGAGGCAUGAAGGGAAUUCUCAGCAAUUCUUGGAAGAGAAGAUACCAUUCCCGGCGCAUCCAUCGGGAUGUGAUAAAGAAAAGGACUCUGAUUGGGGACGAUGUUGGCUUGACUCCUCCCUACAAACAUCGGCACUCAGGCUUAGUGAAUGUUCCCGAAGAGCCUAUUGAGGAGGAAGAAGAGGAGGAGGAGGAUCAGGAUAUGGAUGAAGAUGACAGAGUUGUGGUGGAGUACCGUGAUGAGCUCCAAGCCUUCAAGCAGUGCCGUGAGCGCAGCGCGGCGCGACGGUCGAGUGCCAGCGCUUCUGAUUCCGAUGAGAUGGACUAUGAUCUGGAACUGAAAAUGAUAUCCACACCCUCUCCCAAAAAGAGCAUGAAAAUGACCAUGUAUGCAGAUGAGGUGGAAUCACAACUGAAAAAUAUCAGGAAUUCCAUGAGAGCUGAUAGCAUAGCAACCAGUAACAUCAAAAACAGGAUUGGCAGCAAAGGAUCCUUGGAGAAAGUUGCAGAUGUCAGACUACUGCUAGAAGAGAAACGUCAGAGUAGCACUGGGCCACGGCAGCCAAACAGCACUGUGAAAUCAGAUGUGCGGCAGAGACUGGGCAAAAGGCCUCACUCUCCAGAGACCAAACCUCCAAGCAGCACCUCUGCUCCUCGUCGAGAGCCAAUCUCAGAUGUGCACAGCAGGUUAGGAAUCCCCAAACAGGAUGUGAAAGGUCUCUACUCUGACACCAGAGAGAAGAAAUCAGGUAAUUUAUGGACCCGGUUAGGGUCUGCUCCGAAGACACAAGAAAAGACUUCAGAUAAACCUGAAAACUCUGUGGCCUCUCCAGAGGAAGAUGAUUCAGAGCUGCAGAGGGUUUGGGGUGCUCUCAUUAAGGAAAAAGAACAGUCUCGGCAGAAAAAGAGUCGGUUGGAUAAUUUGCCAUCCCUACAGAUUGAGAUCAGCCGAGAAAGCAGUUCUGGCUCAGACUCUGAAUCUUGAUGGGUUUUACAACCUGAUCCUCAAGAUUGUGACUCUGCAGUGUGGCAAGACUUCUUUGCCCUAAAGCUGGACACUGGCAAAGACUCUGCAGUGAAGGUUCCAGAAGUGUCUCUGUUCCUUUUCUACAACAAGAGAUGCAUAAACCACUUGAAACCUAAAGCAAUCACGUUUGUCCAAGUCUGUGGUUGGCCCUGUGUUAUGUAGGGCAUUGUCCUAUAUGUUUGUUACAGCAAGCCUGUAGUUAGUUCUAGCAAAACACUUUCCCCUGAGCUUUGAACUUAAAAGAAGAGGCAGAAAUGCUCUGUAUUUUUAAGGAGACCUUAUUGUUCUUAAUAUUUUUAUCAUGGAGGCUUUUAACAAAAAUGUUUUACACACUUCAUCCAAAGAACAGAGCAUUUCA